GUAUGUGUGUGCAGGUGUGUGCAGGUCAAAGGUCACCUCUCUGUGUGUCUCCCGCAGGUAUCAGGAAGAAGGAGCAGCUGGUGAGGCGUGAGGAGGAGCAGGAGGAGCAGGAGCAGCAGAGCAGGAGGAACAUGGACAUCUCUCUGCUCAGAGAACAGUACAGGUGCACCAGAGAGACGCAGAGGAGACACACACACGUGCUGCUGCUGAGGACAGUGUCGGAGGAGCUGUCGGAGGUCGUCGUCUCCGUCUCUCAGGGUUUCACGUCGCCGCCAGAUGUGACCUUUGACCCCGACCCGUGGCGCGUCCACCUGGAACUCCACCGGCGCUGCUGUCCCGGUGUCACCGACAGUUCCUCCCGACGCUCCUCGUCUUCCUCCGAGUCCAGAAAACUCUCCUCCUGCAGCUCCUUUUGCAGCACCACAGAAGAAGUCAACGUUGACGGGUCCAGAGGAGACCCCGAUCCUGGCUCCUCUGGAGGAAACCCGGGUCCUGGCUCCUCUGGAGGAGACCCGGGUCCUGGGUCCUCUGACGGGUCCAGAGGAGAUCCAGAGAAGACGGAUCCAGUCCAGGUUUCUGUCUCUGGUUCACUCGGCUCCAGGAAGUUAUCAGCGCCGGCCCUCAGGUUCACCAGGCAGCUGAGUUUGGGGGGUGUGGGCUCCUCCACCGGGGUCCACCAGAACCAGACCCAGAACCAGAGCUACCACCCGUUCCCCAACAGGAAGACCCCGAGGAUCUCAGAGUCCGCCAGGAGGCUGGGGAUGUACUCGUCCUUCUGAGGGUCCCCGUCCAGUCCGUCUAAUGGUGUACUGUCUCUUUAAGAAUACAUUCGUCACUAUCAACAUCUUUAUAUUUCAUAUGUAUGUAUAUGUACUAUAGAUAUAUGAAUUCAUUCAGAUAUUUAAUUAAUAAAGCUGCUGCAUCAUGAUGCAGGAAGAGAAACGAGUCGUUGAAAGUUGUGCAUUAAAAUGAUCGAAUGUACAACAAUAAAAUAAUAAUGAGUCUGA